CGGACGAAUAGGAAAGGCUGAUGUCGGCGCUUGCCCUAAAAAGGAGGUCAUUAUGUGGCACGUGACCGCGCGGCACAAAAUCGCGUCUGCCCGCGUUUGAAGGCAACAAAGGCAGCUGAGAUCUAGACCCCUUGUCGAAAUUCAGCAGGUUGGUAUUAUCAGUAUCGAAAAUCGUGUCAGUUGAAAUAUCGUUCGGAAUUUUGUUUAAUUUUGAUUUAUUCUUCUAUUGUGUUCUUUUUCUCUCCCUAACCUUUUAUCGCGCUGGAUUUGACGGUGCCCGUUUUCGACUGUUUUUGAGACGAGUUAAUCUACUCUAGCUCAAGCAAAAACUGCCGUUCUCGCGCACAUGGGUUCUCGAAUCUUCAAUUUCAUUGCCAACAAAUUGGGCAGUCCGACUAAGAAACAACUGUCUGAAGCGGAGAUUUCCGAAGCAACGACUCCUGCUACCUUGACAGAUUCAGCCCAGCAGGAAUCAUCAUCUCCGCCCUCUUCGCCUUUAGAUGCAUCUGGAUCAGAGCAUGAUAAGAUGGAUAUCGAUGUUAACAAGGAUGAUAUAAAGAAUGAGGUGGUCCCAGAGACUGGCACGGAGAUGGCGGAUGAAAUCGCAGAGGAGGAUGAUAUGGAGGGGAUGGAUAUGAAAGCAAGAGCAUUAACAAAACUUCUUCAAACGAGUUCGGUUUUCGUCGCCAUUAUGGCCGAUAAGAUGAAAGAGCAGCAAAAGCAACAGCAAGAGGCAGCCAGGAAAGCAGCUACUAAGAAACAAACACCAUCAGUGAAAGCCGCUUCAGCUCCUUCAUACGGACGCCGCACCACCCGUGCCAAAGCCAACGAAGAAACAAAUACAGAAGCAGCGACCGCCCACGAAAAUGGGAAAGCCGAGCCUAAGAAAGCAGCUGGAAAGAAAGGUACCAAGAAGGGGGCUCCUAGCAAAAGCAUUUCAAGUUAUUUUAAGAAGGUUGAUGUGGAGGUGACAGAGGACAACCCCACAGUUCAAGAAGCGCUGGCGCAGGCGGCAGACGAACUAGAAGCAAAGCCUACCGCAAUUGGUGAGCAGGAAGGCUUGGUUGCAACAAAACAGCCUGAAUUGGUCACAGGUGGAAAGAUGCGGCAGUAUCAAUUAGAAGGGCUAGAGUGGAUGAAGUCACUUUGGAUGAAUGGGCUUUGUGGCAUUCUCGCCGAUGAAAUGGGUCUUGGCAAGACUAUUCAAGCGAUUUCAUUAAUCGCUUUUUUCAAAGAAAAUAAUAUUUCCGGCCCUUUCUUGAUUGCAGCGCCUCUGAGUACAGUCAGUAACUGGGUUGAUGAAUUUCAGAGAUGGACACCUGGUAUCAAAACGGUCCUAUACCAUGGUUCGAAGGACGAACGCGCGGCUCUGCGAAAGCAGAUGAAGUUGAAAGAUCAAAAGAACAUGGAAUUUCCUGUGGUCUGCACUUCUUAUGAGAUUUGCAUGAAUGAUCGCGCUUUCCUCUCUCAGUUUCAAUGGAGGUACAUUGUUGUGGACGAAGGCCACCGCCUGAAGAAUAUGAACUGCAAGCUCAUUAAAGAACUGCUUACGUACAACUCAGCUAAUCGACUACUCAUUACUGGAACGCCACUGCAGAACAAUGUUUCUGAAUUAUGGUCUCUUCUGCAUUUCCUUCUUCCUGAGAUUUUCAACGACCUAGAAAGUUUCGAGGGUUGGUUUGAUUUCUCAUCUGUUCUUGAUCGAAACGGCCAGACGAAUGUCGUUGAGAAACGAAAACGCAAUCUUGUAACCACAAUGCAUUCUAUUCUCAAACCCUUCCUUUUGCGCCGCGUCAAAACUGAUGUUGAGACUGAUCUUCCAAAGAAGCGGGAGUAUAUCCUUUAUGCGCCUCUCACGCCAGAACAGAAAGAGCUAUAUAGGGAGAUCCUCAAUGGCACCGGUCGUCAAUAUUUAGAGAACAAGGCGAUAGAACGAAUUGAAGCCAAGAGCGGGAUGGUGUCUCGUGCUACAAGCCUGAAAAGAAAGGCAGAAGACAGCGGAAUCUCAACGCCAUACAAGAGCAUCAGGUCGACUCGCUCAUCUACUCCUGGUAGUUUAAAUGGUCGUGGCCGCAAGGGUCGUCAAAGCUAUAGAGAAAUCGGAGAUCGAGAGUUCAACAAUAAGCUCCGUGAUUUGGAGAAUGGUAUUCAAGAUGAAGAUGAGCGAGAACAAAGUCCUGGUGAAACCGAGCAGGAGGAGAUUGAACGUGCGAAGACUAUUAAGUUAGCGAAAAAGGAAAUUGGUAGCAAGAAACUCCAGAACCCAGUCAUGCAAGCCCGACUAGCUUGCAAUUCACCACAUAAUUUCUAUUGGCCAUGGGGUGACGAUUCUUCUACGGUGGAUGACACUUUGGUCACUGCUUCCGGGAAAAUGCUGCUACUUGAUAGGCUGGUUCCGUGUCUUAUGAAAAAAGGCCACAAGAUCUUGAUAUUCUCUCAAUUCAAGACACAGUUAGAUCUUGUUCAAGACUGGGCCACUCAACUCCGCGGUUGGAAAUGCUGUCGUAUCGAUGGUGCUGUUAGUCAAGUUGAUCGUCGCGACCAGAUCAAAGCUUUCAACACAGAUAAGAACUACAAGAUAUUCUUGUUGAGUACUCGUGCUGGCGGGCAGGGUAUUAACCUCACGGCAGCCGACACUGUCAUUCUCUACGACUCCGACUGGAAUCCUCAACAAGAUUUGCAAGCCCAAGAUCGAGCUCACCGAAUCGGCCAAACCAGACCAGUCAUUGUUUAUCGUCUUGCUACAAAGGGCACCGUCGAACAAACCCUUCUCGAAAAAGCAGACUCGAAGCGUAGACUGGAACGCCUCGUUAUUCAGAAAGGUAAAUUCAAAAGUCUCCUUGAUAACAGCACAAACAGUGCUCAAAAUGAGGUCGAGGAGCUCCGUAAAGCACUCGGUGAAGACGAAUUUGAGCAAUUUCAUAUUCAAAAUGACAACCCGCAGUCAAUCCUCUCUCAGGAUGAUCUCAACAUCUUGACUGAUCGGAGCGAGGAGGCUUAUGUUCGUGCAGAGAAGGGUCUUGAAAAGGGUGGUCAUGCUUUCCAGGCCGUUGAAACAAAAGAAGAUCAGGGUAUCAUGGCAGAGCUCAGUGUCCGGUAAUAUUUUUUGUCGCUGUAUUGGAGUUCGGUUUCAUGCGCGAGCGUUUGGUUUCUAGAUUUACCCUGUAUUAUCAAUACCUUUUGUAACCGGUACCAAGGCGUCGAGUUCAGAAGUACAACUAGGAUAGUCUAGACAUCAGAUAGACUGCAUACCAUUUUUUGCACCACACACCUUUUGAGCUACACAUUAGUCG